CUGAUCGUACCAACCUUGCCAUCUCAGUAACUUGCUUUUCGAUGCUAGCCUUCAUGAUCCUCGCAAAACAGAAGGCCCUGGCCGCCCUAUCAGGCCUUUUACUCCCGAUUUUAGCCUUUGUGAAAAUUGGCCUAACCCGAAUAGUUAAAGCCAGAUUCGCUAGGCUACGUACCGAGGAGGGCGACGGCAUCGAUGCUAUCCGUCGCCUAGUUGUCGUGGCCGACCAAGAUGAUGACAACGUCGUCAUGGAGGAGUCGAAGCUGUGGCGAAUCCUUGCGCAGCCUUGCCGUUUCCUCGACCGCUGGUUCACCCUAAAAGUGGACACUGCUCUCGACCGCUACCUGACUAGCGAGAAGAAACCCAUAAUGCCCGCCUGCCCUGCUCCCCCGCUGGAAGGCGAACGUCUGGAAAAGAAGGGCCAUUCCGGACACCCGAUACAGGUCGUCAAGCAGCACAGCUAUAAUCCAUACUGGGACGACUUGCCGGCCCCGUCUCGAAUGCAGAGUUACUCGCAUCAACCGUGGUAUCACGAUCCUCUGGAGACGUUCCUUUGGCUACCGCGGGAUCCCAUGUCUACCUUGGAUUUGGAAGACACGAUUGAGAGUGAGCCAGAUUGUGUCCCCUGAGGGAGAUGCCAUCGCGCUGACCGAAGCCGUGCCUGCAGUGCGUGCCUGCAUAACCACCUCGGAAACGGAUGUCACUGACAUCUGGGAGGAACACGUGGAUAUCGAAAAGAUGAUCGCCACUGCUGAUGAUCAAAUGCAGGCGAGACAUCUUUCCAAGAUUGGGGCAGCUGUCGACGACGAUUACGACCUGGCAGACGAUCCUGAUGUCAGCUUUGCGGAGCGCAUCAACCAUCGUCUGCACAGGCUCACCCGAACGGAUCGGACGACCGACGAUGGGGCCGCACAAUCUGGCACAGUCGAGGCUUCCCCGUCAGCCGGUUCUGCCCUGUCUCGAACCCCGGCUGU